AUGCUACACCGCCUGGGAGUUGUUCGACAUCGUGUAAUGCUACACACUGUCGUACGUUCCCCAGCAACAAGGCAGCUGGACAAGCCGUCAGUAGCGUUGCUGCACAGUUCUACCUUUUUAGCAUCCGACAGUACUACAUUAUACAGCGCUUACCUACCGGUUUCUUGUGCGGAAAAUUUACUUGAAAGUAUUCACAAUGGACUGUCACUACCUUGGUGGAUGACUAUAGCUGUGACGACGAUUACAUUAAGAACAUGUAUCACUUUACCAUUAACAAUUUAUCAGCAAAAAAAGUCCGCAAAAUUGGUGUUGCUACAGCCUGUAGUCAAGGAGAUAAGCGAAGCGGUCAAGUACAAUGUAGCUACUAAGUGCCGUCGCGAAGAUCUACCCGUAGAAGUUGCUGAAGAAAGAUAUAAGACCUUAUUCAGUGGAAUGGUACGAGAUUUAUACAAAAAAGAAGGAUGCCAGCCAUUUAAAUUAUUUCUGCUACCAUGGACUCAGAUGCCUUUAUGGAUCUCCAUUUCAUUAGGCCUGCGUGAUUUAUCCAUUUAUAAACAAGAUCCCGCUAUGGCAACUGAAGGCCUUGCUUGGUUUUCAAAUCUCCUACUACCCGAUCCUGCUUGGAUCUUACCAAUAUGUUUUGGUCUGUGUAAUCUUUUAAAUAUCGAGAUAAAUGCCGCAGGUCGACAAGCGCCUGGCAGGAUUCAAGCAAUUAUGAAAAAAGUUUUCGUCACAUUAUCUAUUGUCAUGGUACCGGUUGCUACACAAAUACCUUCGUGUAUGUCGUUUUAUUGGACUUUAUCCAGUUUUUAUAGCUUAGUGCAAAAUAGUAUUUUGAUGUUACCAAGAGUUAAAAGAAUUGCACGUAUACCACAAACUCCGAAGGAAAGCAAGCAUCCAUUUAGAGACUUAUACGCAAUAUUUAGUAUCAGAAUGAAAAAAUUUAUCCAGUUGCAAAAGCAAGCGAAUAGAAAGUAA